UUGAAGGCUUUUAGUAUAUAGAAUUUCUUAUUAUUCAUUUUUUCCUUAGGCUAACGCAAGUGAAUGUCGACCACAAAAAUGAUUGCGGCGGCGGCUUUACCAUAGUAACAGGGAAGUCAUUUGAUAAACAACCCUGGCACUUUAACUUUAGUUCCUCCCUGUUAGGGAAGGGAAACGCAUGGCCCCGCUCCAGCGGCGUGAGUUUUAUUCUUUUGCAAAAGCUGUGAACGUUCGGACUGAGAGAAAGAGAGUCGAGGCAUCCUAGAGAAUGAGGGUUGCUCAGUGUCAAGGCGUCAACAUAGCUGAGGAUAUGGGGAAGUAAAAGCAGAACAAAUUCGCCUGCUUUCAUGUAGCCUGUGGGCUCCGUUUGCUUGGUGGUGAGGGGGCGGGGCGACGGAGGAUAUUGGCAGGCAGGGUAUCAGAAAACAUCGAAACUGGAAGUAUCUUUGAUCCCUGGUACACAGCAAGCAGCUAAGAACCAGAAAUCUGGGAGACCAUUGCCUUGGCACAUGGAAUCCAGGGCCUAGUGAAAUGAAGGUGGACAUCGCUGGAUAGCACUUAAACUCCAACAGUGUGCUGCUAGGCAAAUCUGGUGGCCUGGUAGAUUUGAAGAAAGAAGAGUAGAAGGAAAAACUAGGACAAGUCAUGUCGGAGAUACUUGAUCUCUCUUUUCUGUCUGAGAUGGAAAGGGAUUUGAUCCUCAGUGUUCUACAACGAGAUGAGGAACUCCGAAAAGCAGAUGAGAAAAGGAUUAGGCGACUGAAGAACGACUUACUGGAGAUAAAAAGGAAAGGGGCCAAAAGGGGCAGCCAGCGCUAUAGCAAUCGGACCUGCGCCCGGUGCCAGGAGAGCCUGGGCCGUUUGACUCCCAAGACCAACACUUGUUGGAGUUGUAAUCAUCUGGUGUGUCGGGACUGCCGCGUUCAGGAAAGCAAUGGUAGCUGGAGGUGCAAGGUGUGCGCCAAGGAAAUAGAGCUGAAGAAAGCAACUGGAGACUGGUUUUAUGACCAGAAAGUGAAUCGCUUUGCUUACCACACCGGCAGUGAGAUAAUCAGGAUGUCCCUGCGCCGCAAACCUGCAGUGAAUAAAAGAGAGACAGUGGAACAGUCUCUCCUUCAUCAGUCACAAUUGGGUGAUAUCUGGCCAGGAAGAAAGAUCAUUCAGGAGCAACAGAAGGAGCCCAGCAUGUCAUUUGAAGUGCCCAAGCUGAAAAGUGGAAGGAGUGCACUGGAAGCCGAGAGUGAGAGCCUGGAUAGCUAUACAGCUGACUCGGAUACCAUGUCCAGGAGAGACUCUCUGGAUAAAUCUGGCCUUUUUCCAGAAUGGAAGAAGAUGUCUGCCCCCAAACCUCAAGUAGAAAAGGAAGCUCAGCCUAGGGGUCAAAAUGUGGUAUCUGUGGACGAGGGUGAAAUGAUAUUCAAGAAGAACACCAGAAAAAUCCUCAGGCCUUCAGAAUAUACUAAGUCUGUGAUCGAUCUUCGCCCGGAAGAUGUGGGGCAUGAAAGUGGCGCCUUGGGAGACAGGAGCAAAUCUGUCCCAGGCCUCAGUGUGGAUAUGGAAGAGGAAGAAGAAGAAGAAGACAUUGACCACCUGGUGAAGUUGCAUCGUCAGAAGCUAGCCAGAAGCAGCAUGAGAAGUGGUUCCUCCAUGAGUACGAUUGGCAGCAUGAUGAGCAUCUAUAGUGAAGCCGGUGAUUUCGGGAACAUCUUUGUGACUGGAAAGAUUGCCUUUUCUCUGAAGUACGAGCAGCAAACACAGGCUCUGGUCAUUCACGUGAAAGAGUGCCAACAGUUGGCCUAUGCUGAUGAAGCCAAGAAGCGCUCAAAUCCAUAUGUGAAGGCUUAUCUUCUGCCAGACAAAUCCCGCCAAGGAAAAAGAAAAACCAGCAUCAAGCAGGACACUAUUAAUCCGUUAUAUGAUGAGAUCCUCAGAUAUGAAAUCCCAGAAUCUCUCUUAGCCCAGAGGACUUUGCAAUUCUCGGUGUGGCAUCAUGGUCGUUUUGGCAGAAACACUUUUCUUGGAGAGGCAGAGGUCCAGAUGGAUUCCUGGAAGCUUGAUAAGAAACUGGAUCAUUGUCUCCCUUUACAUGGAAAGAUCAGUGCUGAGUCUUCGACUAGCUUGCCAGCACACAAAGGCGAGUUGGUGGUUUCAUUGAAAUAUAUCCCAGCCUCCAAAUUCCCCGUUGGAAGUGACCGGAAAAAGAGUAAAGGUGGGGAAGGGGGAGAGCUCCAGGUGUGGAUCAAAGAAGCCAAGAACCUGACAGCUGCCAAAUUAGGAGGGACUUCAGACAGCUUUGUAAAGGGAUACCUCCUUCCCCUGAGGAACAAGGCCAGUAAGCGUAAAACUCCUGUGGUGAAGAAGACCCUGAAUCCCCACUAUAACCAUACAUUUGUCUACAAUGGUGUGAGGCUGGAAGAUCUCCAACACAUGUGCCUGGAACUGACUGUGUGGGACCGGGAGCCCCUGGCCAGCAAUGACUUCCUGGGUGGGGUCAGGCUGAGUGUCGGCACAGGGAUCAGUAACGGGGAAGUGGUGGACUGGAUGGACUCGACUGGGGAAGAAGUGAGCCUGUGGCAGAAGAUGCGACAGUACCCAGGGUCUUGGGCCGAAGGGACUCUGCAACUCCGUUCCUCAAUGGCCAAGCAGAAGCUGGGCUUGUGAGCCCUGUCCUGCUCUGCAGGUCCAUCCCUGUCCAGGGCAAGUCAGAGGAAGCGAAGAAACCAAGGGUGAAGAUUUAUAAUUUGUGUGUGUGUGUGUGUGUGUGUGUGUGAUGUAUGUGUGUGUAUAUAAAUGUGUAUUUCUACAGAUCUCAUUAUGCUAGAGUGAUGUAGACUUCCCCUUUUUAAAGCAGGCUUAAGAAUAAGGGUCUCUUCAAAAUAUUUUUAUUUGUGCAUUAACUACUAUAUAUUUUCAGAAUCCAUGAUUCUUACAUCUUUAUGAGAUUUAAUUAAUUUAUCUUUUGAAACAACUUUUUAAUCGCCUGUCUUGCUAUCCUGGUUCCUCCUUGCACAGGAAGCCCUGGCUGCCUUUGGCACUUGUACUGGUCUGUGUUUCAGGGUGUGCCUGGUCUGAGGCCAAGGCUCUGGGAGGCAAGGGUGGUUUACUAAAGACAGAAGAAGAUUGGAGAGAGGUGACUGGGUCCCUUCUUUCUUCUCCACUUUAUGCUUUUCACUCCAUUUCUACCUUGACACAUUUCUGAAACUUGGCUUUUAACUCUUGUUUGGAGCAGUUUCUGCCUUGCUUGGGUCUAAUAGUUUUCCUGGAAAUGCUAAGAAGAUGUCUAAGUUGCUUCCAGUUCUGAACACCUUCCCUAGACCUCUGCAGGACCCUUAUAAUAGAGUUGCUUUAGAAGAGCACUUUAAUUAGAUAAUGGCCUUUGGACUAGGUCACAGGCAUGCACAGUACAGGCUUCUCAGUGGUCCCAGAGGACCAGCAAUGGAGCAUCUCUCAGCCCGUGCUGAUUCUUUGCAUUUUAAACUGAUAUAGCAGUCGUUAGAAAGCUCCUAUGGAGAAGGCAAUGGCACCCCACUCCAGUACUCUUGCCUGGAAAAUCCCAUGGACGGAGGAGCCUGGUGGGCUGCAGUUCAUGAAGUCGCUAAGAGUCGGACACGACUGAGCAACUGAACUGAACUGUUAUAUCAGCCUGAAUAGCCAGCUAUGGUCUAAACCAGUCCAGUGUUUUCUCUGGGCUGGGCGCUGUUAGUGUCCAAGAGAGUGUGUUCAGAGAACACAGCUUUUCUGACCUCCUUCUUGAAGUGGCUUCAGUUCCUAUUUUUUUCUCUUGUUUCCCAAAGUUGACCUAGAUGUAACCUGGGUGUGGUGGGCUGAAACCUUCCUAAGAAGGGUCUAUUGACCUAAGGUUCAUUUUCUGAAACCCACUGUCCCAAACUGACCUUUUAAUUCUCACAAUUGUACCUUCCCAAAGUCAUCUGUAAAGGGAGUCUAUACCGGAGAAGAAGUUCCUUUCAGUAGAGUCAGCUGCCAGCUGCCUGUCCUAUGAGGCUGCAGGAUUGAGGGUGGAUACUGUGGUUUCUGUUGUAUGUGUGAAGUGAACAAAAUAGUAUUUGGUGUGGAUUAAUAUUGUACUGGAAAGCAUAAUUUGGGAUCCUGGACUGUCACUUGCUCCUUUGUUCUCCAUCCCCCCUGAAAUGUCUGUGUGCUUCAAUAAAACUUUCUUCCUUGUCAA